AUUAUCUCAAUACUUACUGUGGACCAAGCUUUCUUGAAUGAAUAGCUAAAGCAGCUCAAACUUUCUGAUUUCUUAAAUAGAAAAGGGUUAUGCUGAAGAGUCCCAUUAUCCUGCAUGAAAUUCUUCACAAAGUGUCCUGAAGAUUUGAAAGGAUCUUCUCAGGUAUUGAUGUUUGGCUGAUUGGUCUGUAGUUCCUGGAUAUGGUUCAAUGGUUAUGAGAUCACAUCUGCCAGAUCCUUCAGAAAUCUGGGAACUAAUCCAUCAGGUCCCAGUGAUUUGUACUCAUCCAGAGUGGACAGCAUGCAGGACACAAAUUGUGGGCAGCCUGUCCCUUUCUCUGUAAUUAUGAAAGAGCCUCAUCCUUUUGAGAAGAGCACUUAUGUUGGAAACUAUGAAAAUAAUUCUGAGGAUUCAUCCUGUUAUGAACUCUUUUAUGACUCCCUAUCAGAUAUACAAGACGGGGACUUUUCACAGGAACUAUCGGCCUUUCUCAGUGAAGAUGAGAAAAACAAGAGCCUUGAACUUGCUCAUCAAGCCAUUAAUUCUGUUGAAGAAGAAGUUAAGCAAGAGUGCUCUUAUCUUAGCAGUUCUCCAAACUCACCGGAAAAUGCCUCUUCUGGGCAAGUCAAAGCACAGGACAGUUAUCCUUCCAAGAGAAACUGCGCAACCAGGUCCACCUCCUUGUGCCCUUCAUCUCAAACUCCAUCGGAGCAGCAGGAUCAGAAUGCACAUCCUCAAGACAAAAACGGCAUUUUAAAUGUUACUGGUAAACAAGCAAGUGCUUUCCCCCUGCUGCCUGCAAGACCCAGCUUUAUCCGAACUCUCAAAAAUGCUGAAAGGCACAGUUUAAAUGCCCAAAAUGUAAGCCCCAAAUCUAAAUCCGUUUUGACAAGUAACGUCCACUUCAAGAAUAAGCUAUGUGAUAAAGCUGCCACUUUGAUUGAAGAACUGUCAUCUAUUUUUCAUGAAGCAGCCAAGAUGAAAGUUGAGAGUCCAAAUGGACAUUCUUCGUCUCCAGAUAGUGGCUAUCUUUCUCCUAAGAGCAAGCAAUUAGCUUUGUCAAAUUCUUUAAAGAAUUCAGUAUUUGAAACAAGUUUAGAAAUCACGCCAAAAAAUGAGAUCCCAGAAGUCACUCAGGUUAAAGAACGUGUGCUCCAAAGGAAAGAAGACUCUCAGGCUGGUGAGACUGUCUCUCAAAAUGAAAUUGCAAAAGAAAGUCAGAAUCAAUUAUCUCCCCCUCGAUUUAUCCAGAAACUGAGGAGUCAAGAAAUUCUGGAAGGAAGCAAGGUUCUACUUCAGUGCAGGGUUGUUGGAAACCCAGUACCUCAGAUCAGGUGGUUCUGUGAAGGUAAAGAACUACAAAAUUCUCCUGAUAUUCAGAUUUGUUCUGAAAGCGGAGGACUCCAGACACUCAUUAUAGCAGAAGCUUUUGAAGACGACACAGGGCGCUACUGUUGCCUGGCCUCCAAUUCCCUUGGCUCUAGUUCUUCUUCAGCAGAAUUAUUUGUGGAAGGUGGCAGUUCCUCAGAUUCUGAUAGUGAACAUUUCAAAACAAAAUCUGGAGCCAUGCCCCAAGCUCAAAAGAAAAGCACUUCUGUUUCCUUGACAAUUGGAUUGUCAUCCCCAAAGUCUGGAAUUACUACAGCAGUAAUCCAGCCUAUCUCUGUGCCUAAUCAGCAGGUUCAAAGUCCUACUUUACAUCUCUGCAAAUUAGAUGGAUCAAAGCCAACCCAUGCUGCACCUAUUUUUACAAAGGAACUUCAAAAUUCAACAGCAAAUGAAGGAGAAGUAGUUGUAUUUGAGUGUAGAGUAAGAGGAGCACCUUCCUUGCACGUUCUCUGGUUUCGUCAAGGGGUUGAAAUUCAUGAUUCUCCAGACUUCCGAAUUCUUCAGAAAAAACCACGUUCUACAGCAGAACCUGAAGAGAUAUGUACUUUGGUGAUUGCAGAGACUUUUCCUGAAGAUGCAGGAAUCUUUGCAUGCAUGGCAAGCAAUGAUUAUGGAUCAGUCACAAGCACUGCCAAACUGACUGUGCUGUCAGCCAGUUGCAAAAGCGCCAGCCAUGAUCUGUCAACGAGAGCACAGAAUGAGGAUAACUUUCAACAUUUCCCACAUCCACCUUCAUUUCCUGAGAUUAAUUCUGUAGAGCUUCCUCCAAAGCAUUCAGAGUACUCCAAGAUCAGUCAUUCCAACUCAAAUGUAGCAGCUUUUGAAUUACAACUUAACUCUGUGGAGAAGAAAACCAAUGGAAUUCAUCCUACCCAUGGAGUCAAUGGGAUCAUUAAUGGCAACACCAAAACUGACAAAUCCCACGCUGGCGAUUUGCUUUCACCCACAAAAACACCACCACCUGUGCUUGCUAAGCCAAAGCUGGAUCCUUUAAGAAUUCAGCAGUUACAGAACCAAAUCCGACUGGAAAAAGAAGCAGACCAGUGGUGUCAUCAAAAGCAAGCUGGUUUCCUCCAGAGUCUUCCCUUGUCCCCAACUUUUCUCCCUCCAUCUUCAUUCCAAGAACUGGAGUCCAGCCACAGUCCUUCUCCUGUGCAAAUGAGUGUUCUCGAUUCUCAUUCUGCUCCUGCCAUGCAGACAUCCAGUUCUUUCAACUAUGCCCGUCCAAAACAAUUUAUUGCUGCACAAAAUAUUAGCCCUGCUCCAAGCUAUGUAACCCAGCCAUCUGGCUCUUCCACAUCUAGUCUCCCAUCCCCAAUGUCCCCAACUGCUUCUCAGAAGCAGUUUGGUAAAACAUCUGCCUACCCUUUCUCUCAGACAUUUGCUCCUGAGGAAGAGUACCCGUGGUCUCCUUCCCCACCUCCUCCCCCUCCCCCUGUUUUUAGUCCUACGUCUACUUUUUCAGUGGCAGAUUCCUUUCCACUGCCGCCACCUCCACCUCCUCUGCCAGCUUCUGUCCCCUCACCUUCCCACAGUUUUUCUCCGACAUCCAGACUAUCCAGCUCUAGUCAGUCUCCAGCAGCCUUUCUCAGCUCCAUGCUACCAUCUCAGCCACCUCCAGUGUCAGUUAAUGCACUAGGACUUCCCAAAAGUGUUACACCAUCGGGAUUUCCAAAGAAAUCGGGCAGGACUGCCAGAAUUGCAUCUGAUGAAGAAAUUCAGGGCACAAAAGAUGCUGUUAUCCAAGACCUGGAAAGGAAACUUCGCUUCAAGGAAGAUCUCUUGAACAAUGGCCAACCAAAGUUAACAUAUGAGGAAAAGAUGGCUCGUCGAUUGUUGGGGGCUGACAAUGCUGCGACAGUCUUUAAUAUUCAAGAACCAGAAGAAGAACUUGCAGAGCAGGGAACUGGUUCUGUUGAUGCUUCUGUAGUGACUCAUGAGGCUGUGCAAAAGGAAUACAAAGUCUCCAGUUUUGAGCAGAGACUGAUCAGUGAGAUUGAAUUUAGAUUGGAGAGAACUCCAGUAGAAGAGUCUGAUGAUGAAGUGGAACAUGGGAAAGAUGUUCUUGAUAGCAGCCUGGCCCCAUAUUUUGAGGCAAAACUUAAACAUUACAAAAUAUUUGAAGGAAUGCCAGUCACUUUUAUAUGCAGAGUGUCUGGAAAUCCAAACCCAAAGAUCUAUUGGUUCAAAGAUGGAAAGCAAAUCUCUAAAAGGAAUGAGCAUUACCAGAUGCAAAGAGAACCUGAUGGGACCUGCUCUCUCCAUACCUCUGCCUCCACCCUCGAUGAUGAUGGGAAUUAUACUGUUAUGGCUGCCAAUCCACAGGGGAGAAUAAGCUGUACAGGACGAUUGAUGGUCCAAGCUGUCAAUCAGAGGGGACGCAGCCCCAGGACACCUCCAACCCAGCCUCAUAUCAGAAGACCACGAUCUCGAUCAAGGGAUAGUGGAGAUGAAAAUGAACCAAUCCAGGAACGCUUCUUCCGGCCACAUUUCCUGCAGGCUCCAGGAGAUCUGAUAAUUCAAGAAGGAAAACUUUGUAGAAUGGAUUGCAAGGUCAGUGGCUUGCCAACUCCCGAUAUCAGCUGGCAACUUAAUGGAAGAGUAAUACGAUCUGAUAAUUCCCACAAAAUGCUUGUACGGGAAAAUGGUAUACACUCCUUAAUCAUAGAGCCAGUCACAGCAAGGGAUGCUGGCAUCUAUACAUGUAUUGCCACUAAUCGAGCUGGCCAGAACACUUUCAGCCUGGAACUGAUUGUGACAGCGAAGGAAGCACACAAGCCACCUGUAUUUACAGAGAAACUACAGAAUACAGGAGUGGCUGAGAGGUUUCCAGUGCGACUGGAAUGCCGGAUUUCAGGUGUGCCUCCACCUCAGAUUUUCUGGAAGAAGGAAAAUGAGUCACUCAUAUACAACACCGACAGAGUGAGCAUGCACCAAGAUAAUCAUGGAUACAUCUGCCUGCUUAUUCAGGGAGCUACAAAAGAAGAUGCUGGUUGGUACACUGUAUCAGCAAAAAAUGAAGCUGGGAUUGUUUCCUGCACAGCAAGACUGGAUGUCUAUACUCAGUGGCAACAACAGUCCCAAACCACUAAGCCAAAGAAAGUGCGUCCCUCAGCCAGCCGGUAUGCAGCACUUUCUGACCAAGGACUAGACAUCAAAGCUGCAUUUCAGCCCGAAGCAAACCCAGGACAUCUGACGUUGCAGUCUGGAUUGGUAGAAAGUGAUGAUCUUUAAGUAUUAAAUACCAGAUAUACCAUUUCCUUUCAAAUUGAAAACACUGAAUGCCAUUGUAUGGAUCAAUGAUAAUCUACGCCACCGUAUGCAAGACAGACACCUCUGUGUGCAAAAGAAUCCAGCCACAUCUGUUUUGUUCAGUAUAACAAAUUAAGAGUCUGUAGAGACAGACAGUCUGCAUAUACAAAUCACCUUCACUAUAACCAUUUCUAAUUGCAUUGUAGAUAAUACUGUUUUGAAUCAUCCUAUUCACAAGUGUUAAAUUGAGUGAAAUUUUGCAAUAAAUAUGCUGCACACUUAUCGCUAAGUGCCUUUGCAGUUUGUAAGUGCUAUUAAUGUAUAAAGAAUAGAAGUACACUAAAAUGUAUUAGGAGUGCAUUAUAAUAAUAUUCAGAUGUGCAAUACUGAAUGAGUAAAGCAAGAUAGAAAAGGGAAAAGAGAUAAGUGAUGUUUUUGUGUUUAUAAUUGACUUUCUAGUCUCAAAGGAAAUAGGAUAUGUUAGUUUUGCCUUAAUUGCAUUUGGGUAGGUAAGGUGAUCUUAUAUCAGAAGGCUUUUGACUUUUGCCUGUGGAUGUGGUGCUUAGAUUCAUGUUACUUUUAUAACAGUGAGAUAAAAGGCAAAUGUCAGACCUUCCACAAAAAAUGAUAUGUGAGCUUUUUAAAUGCUCAGUGCUUCAAAAAGCCUCAGUACUUUUUAAAAUAAUAUUGAAAGAUCUGAUUGAGUAGAAUAUGUGAUAGAAAGGAAGAUAAUUAGGAGU